CACCUGGAAUGCUAGCCAUUGUAGCUCUAGCCUCACCGGUGUCAUUCGGCUGUCUCUUUGGAAGCACUACAGUUUUGUUCUCCAGUGCAGAGCUGAAUGACAGUAAUUGGGCUGUCCAUGUGCCAUUGUUGGGUAAAAAAUCUCAUCAACUGAGGCGCUAAAAAUGAGAGAAAGAUUGUGUGUUUUGUGACUCAGCUCUUGUGCAGCCAUGGAGAAGCCCUGGAGGCUGUGGGGGGCUAUAGAGCGUUGCACUCUGACUUUGGUGUCUUGGUCCUGGGGUGCCUGUCGGGUCUCUCUUUUGGCCCUCAUCCUCACUUUCCACAUAUAUGGAGGUUUUUUCCUCCUUGCUCUCAUCCUAGCAUCUGUGGCGGGCAUCCUCUAUAAAUUCCAGGAUGUUCUUUUAUACUUUCCCAACCAGCCCGCCUCCUCUCGCCUUUACGUUCCCAUGCCAACAGGAAUUCCACAUGAGAAUGUGUACAUUCGCACCAAGGACGGUGUGAAGCUCAACCUCAUCUUGCUUCGUUAUACAGGAGGGGAUACCCUUCCUGGAGUCACUUCUGCAAAUCAAAGCAGCUCCAAUUCCUCUUCUCCACCUACAAUCCUUUACUUCCAUGGGAAUGCAGGUAAUAUCGGUCACAGGGUGCCAAACGCACUUCUGAUGCUGGUUAAUUUAAAAGCAAAUGUAGUGCUGGUGGACUACCGUGGCUAUGGAAAAAGUGAGGGAGAGCCCAGUGAGGAUGGGCUGUACCUGGACGCUGAGGCCACACUAGACUAUGUUAUGACCCGGCCUGACCUGGACAAGACAAAGGUGGUACUCUUUGGCCGCUCAUUAGGAGGUGCUGUGGCUGUUCGCUUGGCAUCAGUCAACCCUCACCGUGUAGCAGCCAUUAUUGUUGAAAAUACCUUCCUCAGCAUCCCCCAUAUGGCUGCAACACUGUUCUCCUUUUUGCCCGUGCGUCUGCUGCCCUUAUGGUGCUACAGGAACCAGUUCCUGUCCUAUCGCCACGUGGCAUUGUGCCGCAUGCCCUUGCUGUUCGUGUCGGGUCUGUCAGACCAGCUCAUCCCACCUGUUAUGAUGAAGCAACUGUAUGAGCUGUCUCCUGCACGGACUAAACGCCUGGCGAUCUUUCCAGAAGGCACACACAAUGAUACGUGGCAGUGUCAGGGCUACUUCUCUGCUUUGGAGCAGUUCAUGAAAGAUCUGCUGAAGAGCCAUGCUCAUGAGGAGGGAGCUCAGUCCUCAGCCAGUGUCACCAUUAUCUGAUCAGUCUAAAGCAACUGUGUCUACAGAAUAUGGAUGUGGUGGAGAGACCCGAUUGAUUUGU